CAAACAGUUUCGUUCGACAGCUGCGUAUCGUAACGCAAUGGGUGUAACCCAUGUGUUUUCACCUGUUAACAGAAAUACUUUAGAUACUUUAUUUAAGAACAACACUAUAUAUUCCGACCUUUCACUAGGAUCUUUCAUUCUACUGGAUAUUUCCCACCUGCUUGCAUCUCGCAAAGUGUUUCACUUAGAAUGAAGAUUAGCACAUAGUGGCACAGAUGUUGAUGAAAUCUCGUUUACACGGAGCACAAAAAGGUCAUGGUCUCUUGAAAAAGAAAGCCGAUGCCUUACAAAUGCGUUUCAGGAUGAUUUUGGGGAAGAUCAUUGAGACUAAAACUUUGAUGGGUGAGGUAAUGAAGGAAGCUGCCUUUUCUUUGGCUGAGGCAAAGUUUGCAACCGGAGAUUUUAAUCAAGUGGUGCUGCAGAAUGUAACAAAGGCACAGAUCAAGAUACGCUCCAAAAAGGAUAAUGUUGCUGGUGUGAAUCUUCCAGUUUUUGAAUCUUAUCAGGAUGGUACAGAUACUUAUGAGCUAGCUGGCUUAGCCAGAGGUGGUCAGCAAUUGGCGAAGCUAAAGAAGAACUACCAACGGGCUGUAAAACUUCUGGUAGAAUUGGCGUCGUUACAAACGAGCUUCGUCACUCUCGACGAGGUGAUCAAGAUCACGAAUCGCCGUGUCAACGCGAUCGAACACGUCAUUAUUCCGCGAAUCGAAAGAACUCUCGCAUACAUCAUCUCUGAACUCGACGAGCUGGAACGAGAGGAAUUUUAUCGGUUGAAAAAGAUUCAAGAUAAGAAGAAGAUAGCCAAAGCAAAGGUCGAAGCGGAAAGAGCAGAAUUGAUCGCAGCUGGGCACAACUUGGAGGCCGCGAACAUGCUCGACGAGGGUGACGAGGACCUGUUGUUUUAAAUAUUAUAAAUAAUGCCUUUUAAUUAAGAUGGUGUUAAUAGUUAAAAGAACAAAACGGUUCGUUCCCUUCCCGUUUCGAGCGUACGCGUAAGCUCGACUUUCCAUGAUGAUGUCGAAUCACAGUGCAAUAACAGUUCCAAUGGUUUGUGUAUUUAGAUGUAAUAAUAGGUAGAUUUUCCGCAUAUUGUUUCCUCUUUAUGCAG